CAGAACUUGACUGUCGCCUUACCAAUCAAUCACUACCCUUACAACGCUCUCGAACCACACUCUCCUAUCUUCACCUCAAGUCACACAGCCUUGUCACCGUUAUGGACAAGUUAUGAUCAGCUGUGUUAGCCCGCCAUGGGCUCCCGACUAGAGAAGAAUUCCGACCUCGUGCGCAAGCGCAUUGACAGCCACACCUUUGACAAUGAAGAAGGCGAAGAAUAUGAGGGCUCCAAGUUCGGAGGGUUUUCAGACUAUAUGCGGAGGAAGAAGAUCAAAUUACAGAACCUCGAUGCCGAACUAAGAUCUGCCUCCAGCCAAAAUCCUCCCAUCUUUCGCGGUAUUGUCGCCCACGUCAAUGGCUACACUCAGCCUUCCCUCAACGACCUCCACCACCUCAUUGUUGGCCAUGGCGGUGGAUUUCUCCAGUAUCUAGAUGGCAAAACGGCAGUCACUCAUAUCAUUGCAAGCCACUUGACUCCUAAGAAGACCGUCGAGUUCGCAAGAUAUCGCAUUGUCAAACCUGCCUGGAUCGUCGAUAGCGUCAAUGCAGGCAAACUCCUCCCCUGGGAUGCUUACCGGGUCGUUGAUGAGGGUGUCACACAAAAGGUCUUGGCUUUUGAUCAAGGCCGUGUCGUUAGCCAGCAGAGUACACAGCGAUCGGGCUAUAAAGAUCAAUCAGACACCAGUUGGUACGCUUCGCAAAUUCGCAACGAAGUCGGCACGAGAUAUGGGUCACUACCUGCGCAGUCCUCGCCUCCUCGACAGCAAACCGACAAGGUGUCAAAGUCUCACGAGCAGGACUCUGAAGACACUGGAUUAGGCAAUCAGGAGACCACUGUUCUCCCGGAUGACUCCGCAGCAUCUCUUCCUCAGGAUGCCCCGCCGCCUUUGCCUUCCAAUAAUCCUCCUCAGACCAAGCUAAACGAGACUAGACCACUACCAGAAGCCACCGCAAACCCAGAACAACGCCCACUGACAGCCGAAGAGCAUAAUGCCAUACUCCUUUCUAAUCCACACAUGGCAAAGUCUAGCACUGCUAAUCCUGAUUUCCUCCAUCAAUACUAUCGCGAAUCCAGGCUACAUCAUCUGUCCACUUGGAAGGCUCAUCUCAAAGCCCAGCUUCAGGCUCGAGCCCAGGAGAAGACCCAGACGCAAAAGUUUCCACACAACCGACUGCCAGGUUCACGGAGAUACAUUAUGCAUGUGGACUUUGACAGCUUCUUCGCCGCUGUCUCGCUGCGCAAACAUCCUCAUCUUGUCGACAAACCCGUAGUUAUCGCCCAUGGCAGCGGUCCGGGUUCCGAAAUAGCCAGUUGCAAUUAUCCCGCCCGUAAAUUCGGUGUCAAGAACGGUAUGUGGAUGAAGACUGCCCUUGGCCUUUGCCCCGAGCUCAAAGUUCUCCCAUAUGACUACAAGGCAUAUGAAGAGGCAAGCCGUCACUUUUAUGACUCCAUCCUGGCAAUAGACGGAACCGUUCAGAGCAUAAGCAUCGACGAGGCCCUAAUCGACGUCACAAACUUAUGCAUCAAAGCCGGUGGCUCAGAUGGAAAAUCUAUCUCCGAGGGAUCCAUAUACCGCGAACAAGAGGCAGCCGAAGCACUCGCUCGGUCGCUGCGUGAGUCUGUCAAAGAAAAGACUGCAUGUCAUGUUUCCGUCGGCAUUGGAAACAACAUCCUGCUCGCCAAGGUCGCUUUACGAAAGGCUAAGCCUGCUGGUCAGCAUUUGAUCAAGCCCGACGAAGUCUUGGACUUUCUUGGUGAGCUACUAGUCACCGAUCUCCCUGGUGUGGCAUGGAGUAUCGGAAACAAGCUCGAAGAAAUCGGGAUCAAAUAUGUCAAGGACAUCAGGGCCUGCACAAAAGAGCGACUGACCAAUACAUUAGGCCCUAAGACGGGGGAAAAGCUUUGGGACUAUUCAAGAGGCAUUGACAAGCAAGAAGUUGGCGAUCAAGUUAUUCGCAAGUCCGUGUCUGCCGAGAUAAAUUGGGGGAUCCGCUUUGUCAAUCAGCAACAAGCAGAGGACUUUGUGCACAGCCUGUGCGAGGAACUUUCUCGUCGGUUGCUUGAACAGCUUGUGAAAGGUAAACAGUUGACAAUGAAGAUCAUGAGGAAAGCUGCCGAUGCUGGCAUGGACCCUCCGAAGAAUCUCGGCCAUGGCAAAUGCGACACUUUUAACAAAAGUGUCGUACUUGGCGUCUCGACCAACGAUGCAUCGAUCCUUGGAAGGGAGGCUGUAUCAAUCUUGAGAAGCUACGGGUUUCCUCCAGGUGAACUUCGUGGCCUAGGGGUCCAGAUGCAAAAAUUGGAUCCCAUCAAGCCGGCCACGACAAACUCCAACAUGUUUGAUAGUAGCCAGCGUCGGCUGCAGUUUAAGAAGCCUCAGAUACCCGCCAAACCUAUCGAUGUCAAAUCCACCAGGCCACCCGCACCAGCAAGUCCUACGACAACAGACCUGAAUUCCGCCGUUGAUUCGAUCGAAGAUGUCCCCACACCAGAGAAGCCUUCCCAAACGCUCAUCAUUCCGAGUCCGCUCGAUGUGACCCCGGAACACCGCGAUGAUGUCGUAGACCGCACACUCUUGAACAUUAGCGGGACGCAAUUCAUCAUGCCCACUCAGAUCGACCCCGAGGUGCUUGCUGAACUCCCCCAAGAUAUUCGAAACAAAUUCGCACCAAGACAAGCCACCUUACACGAUACCAUAUCACGCGUGAAGCUCGAUGGUUCGAACAAGUCCAGAUCAGCUUCCCCCCACCAGAGUGACCUCAAUGUAACCUUUCCCACUCACAGUCAACUAGAUCCGGAAACAUUAGCCGCUUUACCUGAAGAUGUCAGGGAGGAAGUACUGGCACAGUAUCGGAGGGGUGAGAAUAGCGGGGGGGCACCGAUGCACAAAGCCCAGAACCAGAUUUCCCCAUCCAAGAGCAAGACCUUUAUCGGCCUCAAGAAAGGCCCAACAACACCGACGAAGAGGCAAAAGAUGUCGACUUUGCUUGGACGAGGCAAACAAAAACGUCCAACUGACUCGUCCUCCACUCUGACACAAUCCAAUUUCGUGUCGUUUCCUAAUGUCGUUGUUCGUGAUUCUAGUUCAACGCACAUGUCGGACAACAUCUCAGAAACAUUUUUGAACGAGUUACCGGAAGACAUUCGUGCAGAGAUAUUGGCAGAACAAAGGAGGAACAGAAUUCAGGCCAAGUCAGGCCUCAACUUCGAAGCCAGUCGCAAGCGUCGAGUGAAAACCCCGUUGGUAGACAAAGGACAGCAAAAGUUACGCCUCCAGAAGCAUGGCGACAGACCAACCUUUACAUCACAAAAAUUGAGUACGCUUUCAGAGUUGCGAGAUGCAACGUCUGCCUGGGUUCGUGAGUUUUCUUCUGAUGGAGAGGGACCUAACAAGGAGGAUGUAGCAGCGCUCUCACACUACCUCGGUCAGGUGGUAAUCGAAGAGCGUGAUAUGUCAAAGGCACUAGCUAUCGUCAACUGGCUAGCGAUGGUGAUUGAAUAUGAGGCAUUCAAGUCUGAUGACCUAAGAUCAAGCUGGGAAACAGCUUUAUAUUCAUUGAAGAGGGAUGUCCAAACAGCCGUCGAGAGUCGAGGACUGCCACCACUCGUCUUUGACUUUUAAUUCGAUGCCAUGGAAUGAAGACAGAUUCAUACGCCCUUGAGGCAUAUGUCGACCAGCG